AUGGCUGUCGUCAAUCAGGUUCUCGUCGAGGUCGCACGUCUCGUCGUAAGGCAGGCUUCGUCCACAGAUCCCGCGACCUCUUUCGCCCCCUCGACGUCGUUCUCUCCCUCGACUACAUCCUCGGCUUCGGUCGUCUCGACCGAUACUGCGUCAGCGAGCCCGACUACUUCCACCGAUCCCCAGACAACCAACCCCGGCGGCAAUGGAGGCGGAGGUGGUGGAGGAGGAGGCGGCGGCUCCACGAGCUCCCCUCUGCUCUUCUUCGUUGCACUUGGCUUUGGUGUCGUCUUCACUAACCUCUGGAUUAUCGUCGGUGUCAAGUACUGCUUCCGCUACAACGCUCGCAAUCGUGCCAUGCGUCUCAACGAAGAUGGCGAGCCCAUCAACCUUGAGAACAUGCCUCGUCCUCAUCGCCGUCGCCGCGAGAAGAAGCUGAUGACGAUGGACGAAGUCAAUGACAAGUUCCCCAUGAUGAAGUACAAAGCCUGGGUCUCGGAGCGUGCGAGGGAGGGUCUACCUACGACUGGCGGCGUCUCUGCCCCGCCGAGUCGAGCCAACAGCCUCAGAUCCGUCGAUGGCAUUGUCCCCGAACUGCCGUCUAAGGAGCGAGAUUCCGAGGAUCGCCCCGCCACUAGCACCGGUAACAAAGCCACUACGUCCGAAAAGCCAACCGAGGACGCAGCCAGGAGGGAAGGCGACUCGACUACGAACGCCAACCAUCCCGAGUCGACCGUACAGUCUCCGACGGCCGCCACUCCUCUUCAGCGCGUUCACAGCGAAGACGACGAGGAUGACGAUGAACACAUUAACGCCGCCCUUCCCCCUGAGCUGAUGGCUACUAGCGGUGACACCUGCGCCAUCUGCAUCGACACAUUGGAGGAUGACGACGAUAUCCGUGGUCUCACCUGUGGUCACGCAUUCCACGCUGUCUGCGUUGACCCUUGGCUUACAAGCCGCCGUGCCUGCUGUCCUCUGUGCAAGGCCGACUACUACACUCCUAAGCCUCGCCCGGCCCCUGAGGGCGAGGGCAAUGCCAACGGCGACAUGGCUCGUACGGCCUCGCGUACCAAUAUGCCAAACGCCCCUCCUCCUGCUUGGUACAACCUGAGCGGUUCCCGACUUGGCUUUGGCGGACGUAACAGAGGUAAUCGGCAGAACAACGACCGUGCCAAUCGUCGUCGCCGAGCCCGCCAACAGGCCUCUUCGAACCCGACUCCGAGCACGCCCCAGUCACCACCCGUUGCGGAGAAUCAAGAAUCUCGUGGCCUACUCUCCAGCCUUAGGAUGCCUGCUUUCCGCAACCCUCUCCGCCGUGGCGAUCAGCAGCAGUCUGACUCGCCCACGGCAUCUGGUGCCAAUGUCACCCCGUCCCAGCUUGAAGCUGGUGCCCAGACCGCACCAGCCCCGGCUGUCACGACGGAGACCAGGUGA